AUGAUAAUUUCGAGGCUUACCUUGGCCCUGAAAACGCUGAGCUGAAGUCCCACACAACUCCGCUGCUCCUAACUCCGAUCCGGAAAGCCAGCAAAGGAAACGCCGCGAAGGGAAGAGACUUCAUGGGCAAAAAAGCAAGAUGGAGCUGGACCUCCGCCUUAAUCGGUGCCGCAUCAGCGACGGCGGUGACGGUGCUUCUAAGCGCGAAGCCCAAGGACCCGACCUUCCAUCUCAUCUCCAUCGGCCUCACCUCCUUCAAGCUCAGCCUCCCCGUAGUCGACGCCGAGCUCCUUCUGACAGUCCACGUCACCAACCCCAACAUCGUUCCUGUCCACUACUCCUCCACCACCAUGUCCAUUUUCUAUGCGGGUUCGCUCCUCGGCUCUGCUGAGGUGAAGGCCGGCUCCCAGCCGCCCCGCUCUUGCCAGCUGUUGCACCUCCCGGCUCGGCUAGAUGGGCUGGAGCUGGCCCAUCACGUGGGCAAGUUCUUUGCUGAUGUUGCGAAGAGGGAGAUGGUUCUAGAUGCUACGGUGGAUGUUGAAGGUACUGCCAAGGUGUUGUGGUGGGACCAUAAGUUUAAGGUCCACGUGGAUAGCCACGUAACCGUUGAUCCUGUGUUUCUUGAUGUGAUUGAUCAGGAAAAUAGGUCUCAAUUAGAGCUUUUUGUUGUUUGAUAAUAAGAAUUGAAAAUAGGUCUGUAUUUUUCACUUUUAGUAAUGUAAUGAAAUGAAAUGAAAUGGAGUUUUUUUA